AUGGGCGCAAGCACAAAAACGGCCAAGUUUGCGGUCGGUUUUACGGCCUUUGCAUUUCUGUUUAUUCUGAUCUCCUUCUGUUCACCGUACUGGCUACAAACGGAUGGGAAGCUCGAGCAUCCCAAAUUCACCAAUCUCGGGCUUUGGGAGCUGUGCCUGCGGAAUUUCCAGGAUAUACACCGAUGGUACGACUACCCCUUCAACGGGUGCAUGUGGAUCUUCGAGGAGGAGUACUACAUCAUCCACGAUUACAUCCUGCCCGGGUUCUUCAUUGCGGUGCAGUUUUUCUUCACGCUCUGCUUCACCCUGCUGCUGAUGGGGGUCAUCAUGACGCUGAUGUUUCUUAGCUGGUCACGGGAUAACGAUCGCUACAUAAUGCUGCUGCUGACCAACGGGACCGUGCUCCUGCUGGCGGCUUUCUGCGGUCUGAUAGCCGUGGCCACGUUCGGUUGUUACGGUGAUAGCCGUGACUGGAUGCCCAACUGGGAGCACAACGAUAUGGGCUGGUCGUUUGCACUCGGUGUCGUCGGCACUUUUGCCCUGUUUCCGGCCGGAAUACUGUUCAUUGUCGAGGCGCGCCGGGCCACCUACAGACGCCUGAACAACAUCGCCAACAGUGAGAUGGCUGCGGCGUACACGAUGGAUGAGCGUAAAUACCGCGGUGGCCAUACGGAUAUCUAGACGGAAUACACCGGGUCUCCGUCGCCGGUACAUUCCUUCCCUCCGUAUCGUAGAGGGAGCUUAGCCUGAUAAGCCCGUUUUUUUAUACAAUUGACACGUAGGUACAAUACGAUUAAUGCACGUGAGGCCAAGGCCGAGAGAAUGUGCGCCAAAAUGUGGCUUGCGAAAGAAUCGAUAUUCCGUCCAGUAGAAAUAAAUUUUUACAAAAAAAACUCCUUUCCUAACUCACUUCGAACAAACCAAUUGGGAGAAAGCGAGACGAAAACUCAUUAAAAUCAGCUUAGCGUAGGACGGCUGGCCAGCAGCCGGAACUUGCUCAUCAAUAUUAGGUGUGUCACCAAGUCGCCAAGGCGAUGAUUGCUUCGAUUGGUAUUUAGGUAUUAAGGUUCAAUCGUUUUAUUUUGUAGUUUCCAGCGUGAAGAAUAAAAAUUCUGUCGCUCGUUGCUUUUUGAAACACAACGAAU